AUGAAUGUGUACCUGCUGGUCCUGGCCCUGGCUGUUCUGCAGCAGGGGGGCAGAGCCAGACCAGACAAGCCAGGCUGCGAGAGCCCUGAGGCGGUCAGAGUAGCAGAGGAGGCCCUGGAGCAGAUCAACCAGGACCGGACACACGGGUACAUCCUGAGCUUCAACAGACUGUAUGACCUCUCACACACCCCUGAACAGGAGAAAGGCGGUUUACUCUACAAAUUCACCAUUGAUGUCUUGGAGACCAAAUGUCAUGUGAUCAGCAGGAAACCAUGGAAACAGUGUGAAGUCAGAGGUGCUGAUGAUGUUCCAGUGUAUGGAGAGUGUGAGGUAUCUGUCUUUGCCGGCGCUCACAUAGAACUGCAGAGCUACUCUUGUGCAACUCGUCAAGUGCCUGCCACAGCGGUGGUGGAGAGUUGCCCCGACUGCCCCACAGCGGACAACCUCGACGAGCCGGUUGUCAUGGAGACGGCCAACCUCUCCUUGCAGAGAUUCAAUGCGGAGAGUCGCCUGGCCAACUACUUCACCCUGGAGAAUAUUACAAAAGCCAGUUCACAGUGGGUUGUGGGUCCAUCCUACUUUGUAGAGUUCACCAUUCAGGAGACGGUGUGUUCCAAGAAAACUGCUGCCUCUGAGCUGAGCAACUGCCCACCUAUGGACUGUCAGUUUGCUCAUAAAGGUUUCUGCUGGGGCUCACACAUAGCCCAGGAGGAGCCUGUCAGAGUGAAGGAGGACUCUUUUCAGAAGCAGCCCGUGGAGGUGAAGUGUGAGAUCUACGAACCAGAGGCUGCCAGUGUGCAGGAGCAGGCCCAUGCCAAGGCAGAUAAUGGGCAUGCCGGGCACCAAGAGCACAACCACACACACCUGCACCCACAUGAGCACCUGCACUCUGCCACACCCACCGCUUCCAGUCCCAGAGUCUCCAAACCCAGGGGCUCCCUCGGGACUCUGGUGGACCGCCCGGCCCCGUCCAGAUUGUCCCCGGCUGCCAGCUUCUGCCCCGGCCCUCGCAGACACCACCUGGCCCUAAACCGACUCAAGCUCUGA